CACAACUGGAGGCGGCAGGGAGUGCAGCAGUGUCUGUAAGAGGUGGGAAAAAAAAGGACCUGCAGGGAAUGGAGGAGUGCUAGAGCAGCACUGUCGCUGUUGUCAAGACUGCCACACUGAGUUCUGUGUUAAUACCAAGGAAUCAGAACAGUUCUGAGAUGCCCAAAGGACCAGCUGUGUGUAUCCAGCACCGGUUCCACUAUGAUGCCAGGAGCACAAGGGGCAGCCACCUCUCUCAUGCUGCUGCUGCUGCUGCCUUUAUUGUGCUGCUGCCACCUGUGCCACUCACUGCGGAUUCCAAAACUCUCUUCUCAUGCAAAAGCAGAGGAUAAGCUAUUCAAAUAUCUCUUUGGAAGCUACCAGAAAUGGGUUCGUCCAGUUGAAUAUCUCAACCAGACGAUCUGUGUGAAGUUCGGGCUGGCCAUCUCCCAACUAGUUGAUGUGGACGAGAAAAACCAGCUAAUGACAACCAAUGUGUGGAUGAAGCAGGAGUGGAUGGACAGAAAGCUCAGAUGGAACCCUGGGGAUUACCUGGGAAUCACCACGAUCCGGGUCCCAUCUGACAGAUUAUGGCUCCCAGACGUCGUACUGUAUGAUAAUUCAGAUGGACGUUUUGAGGGAACUGUCACCAAGGCAAUUGUUAAGUAUGAUGGAACCAUAUCAUGGACUCCACCAGCCAAUUACAAGUCAGCUUGCACCAUUGACGUCACCUUCUUCCCUUUUGACCUCCAGAACUGUUCAAUGAAGUUUGGAUCUUGGACCUACGAUGGCUCCCAGGUGGACAUAAUUCUAGAGGACUUUCAUGUGGACAAACAGGACUACUUUGACAAUGGUGAAUGGGAGAUCGUAACGGCCACCGGUAGCCGUGGUGUGAGGACUGAUGGGAGCACUUUCUAUCCCACCAUCACCUACUUCUUUAUUAUCCGCAGGUUGCCUCUUUUUUACACCCUCUUCCUCAUCAUUCCCUGCAUUGGCCUGUCUUUUCUCACCAUUCUUGUGUUCUAUCUGCCCUCAAACGGUGGUGAGAAGAUCUCCCUCUGCACGUCAGUGCUGGUGUCACUCACCGUCUUCCUCUUGGUCAUUGAGGAGAUCAUCCCCUCCUCUUCGAAGACGAUCCCUCUUAUUGGGGAGUACCUGGUCUUCACCAUGAUCUUUGUCACUCUCUCCAUUGUCAUAACUGUCUUUGCCAUAAACAUUCACCACCGCUCUUCUUCUACACAUCAUGGCAUGGCACCAUGGGUUAGGAGGAUUUUCCUCCAUCGACUGCCCAAACUGCUAUGCAUGCGAGGACAUGUGGACCGUUACGCCACAGCUCGAUUGAGCAGGGCUGGAAGACCUGGAGAACUUGGGAGGAUGAAGGACCCAAAAUCUGAGCGUAUGCCUCUCCUAUACACCCACAAAAACCUCCAAGCAGCUUUGGAGUCUAUUCGCUACAUAUCCAUGCAUGUCGUAAAAGAAAACCAGGUCAGAGAGGUGGUGCAGGACUGGAAAUUUGUAGCCCAGGUUCUGGACCGAGUGUUUUUGUGGGCCUUCCUCCUGGUGUCAGUCCUCGGCUCUGCUCUCCUCUUCAUCCCGGUCAUUUACAAAUGGGCGAGCAUCAUUGUUCCCAUCCAUGCUGGAAGUACCCUCUAAUAACCACCGCUCAGUUAACCACAAAUGGAAGAAAAGCACAUCUUCUGGAUCAUGUUUGACGUUUGAAAGCAUGACAUACUGAAAUUACCAUUCAGAUAAUCUCUAUGCUGUGAAUAUUCAUGAUCAAGCUUUGAACUGCAGUUGUGCAAGAACUUAUCCUGCAACUUUAGAGGCCUUGUUGGCUGAGUGUCUAAAGCACACUUUACAUACUGAUCCUCAGCUGGGCUUUAUUUAGUAUUUAGAAACUGAAAGUAGUGCUGGGCGGUAUACUGGUUCAUACCGAAUACUGGUGUUUAUUUUUCUUAUGAUAUGAUUUUUUCAUAUACCGUAAUACCGGUGAGUAUGUACAGUAGCGUACACAAUGUUGGGAACGCCGCGUGGCGGAACGUAGCGCCGCUGGACACUGUUUGUGAGGGGACUGUUUAGCAGUAGUGAUGCACCGAUUGUUCGGUAACCGAAAUUGUUCCGCCGAAAAUGGCAAAAAAAACACUUUCGGUGUUCGGUGGAAUAAGUGGGAAAAAACCGAACAAUUAAUAACGGCGUUGUAAUAUAAGGAAAUAGACUCGCCGCUCCCGUAACAGUUGCGCGCCACAAACAUAAAUCGUUGGCCAACCAAAAAGUAACCACAUAAGAAUUUUACCUAACAUUCACCAGGAGGUGGAACCAAAACAACAUAAUGCUGGGAAAUUAAAAAAUGU